AUGGUCGUCAACCUCGCCGAGGACGUCCGGAGCAGCGUACUACAAGCCGCAGAGGAACUCCAAGGCGCUGUCAUUGCCGCCGAGUCCGGCUGUAUCGAGAGCUUGCGCUGGGCUGGCGCUAUGCCGCUCUUACUGCGCAAUCUCGGCGUCCAGAACGUGCUCUCGGCCGAGCAAGUGCUCGUGUGUGGCUCGUCGGAAGCGCUGCGUGGUCUGCUGGGCGUUUCUGACGCGACCGAGCGUGUUGAUCACGUCGUGUUGAUGCUGACGGGGUUUCUGUGGGACUACACAGCCGCUUUGAAGCGGUUGUUGGCACUGGACGUUGUGAGGCGACUCACAGUCUGUAGCGCUCUCUCUGAGCGGGCGCACGAGUGCUACAACGGGGAUACGGUCGAGCACCUCGAGAGAGUGACAUCAGAAGUGCCGGUGAUGAAGUUUGACGAGUUUGCUGCUGAUUUACUGGACAAGAGCACGAUCGAGGGGACAGUAAAUGAUUUAGCAGAGAGGGGAGAAGACAAUUACCAGGACGACGACUGGAGCUGGAACGAGGAGAGAAAGAUGGAUGAGUCUUGCUCUUUGGGAAGCUUUGAUUGGGCUGGUGUGGAGACGCGCGUGCGCGUUGUUCACUUGCCGCUGAGUGUCGUGCCGUUGCUGUCGUCCAAGACGUUGAGUCCUGAGCCGUCGGUGUUUGUGCUGUCGCACCCGACGUGUGCAUCUGCUUUCCCGUUACUGCUACAUCAAGUGGGAGGCGAGGGACUAGCUACUGGACGACAACAGCGAAGAUCGACGGAUGGUGCUGGAGAUAGGGGUACGAAGAUGUAUGCGCAUGUGAAGGACGUGCUGCCGGAACAUAUUCCGAGCUCGUUUCGAAAGUCCAUGCGGUUGCUGGCAUACACACUUGCGGAAAUGACGGUUGGCGCGCGACUGGACGUCAGAGAGCACAUUUUUGCAAUUGGUACAACGUCGCUUAAGAUCGGACACACGUUGCUACGAAUUCUGAAUGACAUGCGAGUGAAGGCGCCUGCAUUGCUUCAAGACGAACAGACUACCUCGAUAGUCAUCGUUGAUCGAACGUGUGACCUAGCUUCGCCUUGCUCAUUCGAUAGCUCUCUUCUUGAUCGUAUUCUCGACCUACUUCCCCAGACACCUACAAGUUGUACUGUAGGAGAAAACGCAGCUAGACAGAGUGACACGAUGCAACGAAAGCUAAACGUGACAGACAUUUUCCCGCUGCAUGGGUGCGAGCCGACACCACUGUCGAUGCCGCCUGCUGCGACACAUGACGAGUCUGGAUAUCUGCCGUCAGAGUUUGUUUCUCGCAUCAAGUGGAAGGGUGGUGCUAGUCUUUGUCAUCCUACUAUACCCAGCAGCUCGAACGUUUUUCGAUCGCUGGCCUUUAGGCCGGCAAAGCUCGCGCUGCGCGAUCUUGACAAGCGGCUCCAAGCUGUGGAGCAGGAUUUGCUUCGACAGGAAAAAAUCCAGAAGUCUGCUGCCACACGCAGACCUGGAGAAAAGUUUCGUGGGCGUGACGUAGUUUUGCGCCGAAUUAGCAAGAUAUUGGAAGCCGGUGAACCUACAAACCUCGAAUGGAGCUCUCUGGUUGAGCUCGGUGUGAUCGUCUUGGAAACGUUGGAGCGGAUGGACCGAUCGCAGAAGCGGUGGAAUAUGUGCCGUGAGCGGGCAGUGCGGCAAUUCGAGCUGUGUAAGAAAGGCGGCUGUGAGUGGAUUCUCCCUGAACUUGCUGAUAUCAUGCAACGCCAAACAUCAGCAGUGCACUCGGGUGCAUCUCAAACCAGUGACGAGCUUAUUCCGCUGCAUGAGUUGCUGAUACUUUUGGUGAAUGCGUUUGCCUUGUCUUCUGGCGUACCACUGGAGGACUUCACCACGCAAAUGAUGCACAAGGCUCUUGUUGAAAACGUUCUGCAGGCUGUGAGAACCGACCCAUCGUCUGUUCAGUCUGAACUGCCUAGACUAUACGAUCUGCUACUUCCUUACGUUACCAGGAAUGGAUCAGACGACGGAGGUGUUGCUCCAGAACAUGUUGAGACUGGUAGUGGUGAUUGGGAGUGGAAUGAUGGUAGCGAUUCACCGACCGCAUCGGUCGGAAUCUUUGACAGGCGCAGUGGUGAUGUGCUUGAGGCGAAGCUUGUCGUUGAAACUUACGUUGGAAAUGUGAUCGAAUCCCUAGAGGAUUGUUUGGACCAGUUUGUAAGGAUUCACGAUAGAGGAGCGAACCUUUCGACCGAAAGCGCCCCGCAAUCGAUGAUUGCGCAGCUGUGUAGUUCUAUCAUGGAUCCGGCAGGAGCGCCUAGUUUAGAGAUUCAGCACGUUGUUGAUGCGUCUGAACAGCUAACGCGUGCAGGCAUUGAUCUUCUCAAGAGCGGUCUCAACAAGUUUGGGUUUGGCAUUGGGAGUAGAAGUGCGGGUGACCAACACAGCGCCGACGGCAGACGAGUACUGGACGAUUCAAGCACCCUGAUUGUGUUUGUGGUGGGAGGUAUCACCUUCAAGGAGAUUCAAGAAGUGCACGAUGCGCUGAGUGACAACAAGAAGUACCAAAUUAUUCUUGGUGGAACGACGGUCACGAGUGGCGAGGUCAUACUGAAGAAACUCUUCACUAUCUAA